AUGGGGAACCGAACAUCCUCCGCUACUAGUAGUACGAGAGUCUCUAAAUUAGUUGCUACAUUCAAAAAUCUUCGCCUUAGUAAAGGGAAGAAGAAGAGUGCAAGCAGACCUUCCAAAUCACCUUCCGAGCACGAUAGUCCUUACUUUAGAAUCCAGCAACUAACAGGGCAGAUCUUCAAGCUGGAACAUGACCUUCAGAAAUCAAACAAAAAAGUGGAUUUACUAACAGCACAGCUUGCAGAGUACGACGUACUUUUGGCUCAUGCCCAAAAUCGCAGUGCUGACACCCCCUCCUCAAGACCCCCAAAAUUCCAAAUCGAGGAGCGACGAUCCGAACAAGAUACUUAUUCCGUGAGUCCCAAAAUGAAUGCGCCCCGUGUAUGGAUCGAUGACCUUUGGCUCUGCAAUGAUACUGAAAAUACUCCAAUCCAAGAAGCGGAAGCCUACUGGAAAAAUGGAUCUCCCAAAAAUGCGCUAGAGAUGGUUUCCCAAGCGAUCGACUCGAACCCUUUCUUAUCCCCUGCCGAAGAAAUUCGCUGCCGGGUGUUUGGUGCUGCGGUGUUGCAUUCUAUGGGGCAAUUUGGAGUUUCCAAUCGUCGCCUGGAGGUAAUCUUGGAAACGGUCGCUCGUUACUCUAUACUUGAUGAUCCGCUUUGUAAAGAUCUUGUUGGUAUUGUUUAUUAUGUAUUUGGGAGAAAUUUGUUGGAGAUCGGUCGGUUUUCUGAGGCAUAUUACUUAUUUUCACGAGCACUUGGAACAUCUGGGUACCAUGAAAAGACUCGUGAAUACCAAAAAUCUGCCAUUGUGGAAUUUACUCGUCAAUCUGCAAUGUCAGAUCGUGCUUCUCUAUCAUCUUCUCUUCGUCCUGUUGUGAGCGUUACAGAAUAUGAUUCAUCUGAGGAGUUUUCCUAA